UCAAACCACGAGUCAGAUUCUUUGCCGUGCCCUAUAGCCGGUCAUGGACUCCCUUGCUUUGACCCAAUGCUAGCUCAAAACGAAGAGGCAUCAAGCGGCGAUUGGAACCCCAUGGCCAUCCUCCCGCAGAGUAGCGAAUCAAUUCUUUCCGGGGUCGAGCAAGUGUUUUCUGGGAUGGGCUCUUCGCAGUCCUCUGCUAUGCCGAGGUGCAUAAUAUUGCCUCUGGAAUCGGUCCAAGAGAUCGAUACUGAGGGCUUUGGUGUCAAGAAAGCCAAGGAAAUUCAAAGACAGUUGAAGCUUUUGCGACACGAGGAACAGCUCGAUGGACAGGCGAAAUACGCGUUUUACUUGAGAAGCUACACCAGUUUGCCUCCUCCCAUUAACCUACGAGCCCUUCAGCAACAAUCACAACAACGACCCUAUAGGCGAGCUCAAAUUUUUGACAACAAGGGCAGAGAGACUUCUUCGACCUAUCCCGCCAUGUCUACACAAUUUGCACUCUGCAAACCAGUCUUGAGGUGGGAAAUGCAUCCUUUCUAG